AUGAUGGAAAGAGACAUGCCGAUAAAUGGUUCAUAUGAUGCUGAAACCGACAAUGGAAAACGCCAAGACAUAGAACAAAAGAAUGACUCUGAGAUACCGGAUGAUCCAUUGGUUACAUUAAGUGAAGUUAUUGAAGCACACGAAGAGCUUGAAGCAGAAGCUGAGGCUCUACUAGGAGGAGCUAAUGCUAAUGUUUGCACAUAUCCGGAGGGUUAUAAACCACGACAACCACUGUAUUCUUGUCGUGAUUGUACAAGUACCACAGGACCUGCCGCACUUUGCUAUGCUUGCAGUGUCAAUUGUCAUGAUGGUCAUGAACUCGUUGAGUUGUACACAAAGAGGAACUUCUGCUGCGACUGUGGGAAUUCUAAAUUCAAAAAUGCUUGCACACUAUACAAAAUCAAUUCAAUAUUUACUUCACUUUCGUUGGAAUUUCAUAUGUUCUGUGCAAUACCUUAUUUAUCAGCGAAGUCUAAUCUAAAGAUCUCAUCAACUGCGGAAAUUAUACAUUUGAAUAGUUUUAAAGCACAAAAAAAAGUUUUAAAGAUUCAAACAAGGGAAAAAAAGCCACUAAAUGAUCGAAAUCAGUACAAUCAUAAUUUUGAUGGUCUCUACUGUACUUGCAAUAGACCAUAUCCAUGCGAAGAAUACGCAGACUGCGAAAUGCUACAAUGCAUUAUAUGCGAAGAUUGGUUUCACUUGCAGCAUUUGGAGGAAACACCGGAUAGUGUUGAUACAAGUGAAGUAGAGGAAGUCAUUUGUCGAAAUUGUGUCACGCGUUUUACGUUCCUUCUGUUCUACGCUGAUGGGACAUACAAAGAAAUGUGUGCUGAUAAUAAAUUAUGUAAACUGAAAUGGCUUGAAGCGAAUGCUAAAACAGAUAAAAACAGUCAGCCGUGUUCUCUAUUUUUCAACUCUUAUAAGUGGCGAAAUCGUUUAUGCCAAUGUAACAUUUGUUUGAAUUUUUACGAGGACAAUAAUCUCCAGUUCUUAACUGAUGUAACAGAUUGUUUACAAACAUUUGUUGAAUCGCACAGUAAUAAAAGUAAUGAUAAACUGGAGGAUGACGAUCGAGUCAUGACAAAUGCAUUAAUUGAUGUGGCAGGUCGUGAAGGGGCAAUAACACUUUUUCAAGGAUAUGAAGAAAUGAAACAGAAGCUGGGAAAUCACUUGAAACGAUUAGCCGAUGAGGGAAGAGAAGUAAAAAAAGAAGAUAUAGAUCAAUUUUUUGAAGAACUUGAAACGGAACGGAAACGGCGUCGUGAAGAUAUUCUGUCUCAGUUGUGA